AUGUUCACCAACCGCUGGCUCUUUUCAACAAAUCACAAAGACAUUGGCACACUAUAUCUCUUAUUUGGCGCCUGGGCCGGAAUAGUAGGCACCGCACUAAGUCUUCUAAUUCGCGCUGAGCUAGGUCAGCCUGGGACCCUCUUAGGGGACGACCAAAUUUACAAUGUGAUCGUUACCGCACAUGCAUUUGUAAUAAUCUUCUUCAUAGUCAUGCCAAUCAUAAUCGGAGGCUUUGGAAACUGACUAGUACCCCUGAUAAUUGGAGCCCCUGACAUGGCAUUCCCCCGUAUAAACAACAUAAGUUUCUGACUGCUCCCCCCCUCUUUCCUACUUCUUCUGGCCUCUUCCAUAGUCGAAGCAGGGGCUGGAACCGGCUGAACUGUAUACCCCCCUUUAGCAGGAAAUUUAGCACACGCAGGAGCAUCUGUAGACCUAACCAUCUUCUCUCUUCAUCUAGCGGGUGUCUCAUCAAUCCUUGGGGCUAUCAAUUUUAUUACAACAAUCAUCAACAUAAAACCCCCUGCAAUAAACCAAUACCAAACCCCACUAUUCGUGUGAUCAGUCCUAAUUACGGCCGUGCUUCUGCUACUAUCUCUACCCGUACUAGCUGCUGGCAUUACCAUACUGUUAACCGACCGUAAUCUAAAUACAACCUUUUUUGACCCCGCAGGAGGAGGGGACCCCAUUCUAUACCAACACCUAUUCUGAUUCUUCGGACACCCCGAAGUGUACAUUCUCAUCCUUCCUGGAUUUGGAAUAAUCUCCCACAUCGUAACCUAUUACUCCGGGAAAAAAGAGCCCUUUGGAUACAUGGGCAUAGUCUGAGCAAUAAUAUCCAUUGGCUUCCUGGGCUUCAUUGUAUGGGCACACCACAUGUUCACAGUGGGAAUAGACGUUGAUACACGGGCCUACUUCACAUCAGCCACCAUAAUUAUUGCUAUCCCCACWGGAGUAAAGGUGUUUAGUUGACUAGCAACCCUGCACGGAGGAAACGUAAAAUGGGCCCCAGCUAUACUAUGGGCCCUGGGCUUUAUCUUCCUGUUUACAGUCGGGGGUCUAACUGGCAUCGUGCUGGCCAACUCGUCCCUAGAUAUCGUCCUCCAUGAUACCUACUACGUAGUAGCCCACUUCCACUACGUUCUCUCCAUGGGAGCAGUUUUCGCCAUCAUAGGAGGCUUCGUCCAUUGAUUCCCCCUGUUCUCAGGAUACACGCUCAACAACACAUGGGCAAAAGUUCACUUUACAAUCAUAUUCGUGGGCGUAAACAUGACCUUUUUCCCCCAACACUUCCUUGGGCUGUCUGGAAUACCUCGACGAUACUCGGACUACCCAGACGCUUACACAAUGUGAAACACUGUGUCCUCCAUAGGAUCCUUCAUCUCAUUAACCGCCGUAAUACUCAUGGCCUUCAUAAUCUGAGAGGCAUUCGCCUCUAAACGGGAAGUCCUAAUAGUGGAGUCUACAAAUACCAACCUCGAAUGACUACACGGCUGCCCACCACCCUACCACACAUUCGAAGAACCUGCUUUCGUAAAUCUGGUCAAAACAAGA